AUGAGUUACGUCGCAAAGGACCAAAAGGAAGUUGAGCAAGUUCAAGUUGCCCAAACACACAAAAUCCGUAUCACCUUAACAUCACGUAAUGUCAAGGCUAUUGAGAAGUUCUCAACGGACUUAAUCAACCGUGCAAAGGACAAGGAUUUGCGUGUUAAAGGACCAGUGAGACUUCCAACACGUUCACUCAAGAUCACCACCCGUAAGGCUCCAAACGGUGAAGGUUCAAAGACUUGGGACAGAUACGAGCUUAAAAUUCACAAGCGUUUGAUCGACUUAACAGCAACCUCAGACGUUGUUAGACAGAUCACUUCAAUUUCACUUGAGCCAGGUGUUGACGUUGAGGUUACCAUCGCCGCUUAA